AUGAUGGAUAAUAGUUUUAUUGAAUUAAUAAAAGAUAUAAAAAAAGAUGACAGUAUUAAGAAUCUAGAAAAGAAUUAUCAGAAAUGUAUUAGUUAUUUGAAAGAACUAGAUAAGAAGAAAUCGACUGAUACAUUGUUUUCAAUGAAUUCUGUUAUUAAAGAGAAAUCUUUGGUAUUAUUAAAAUUAUUAUAUUUACAAAUGUUUGGAAAGAAAAUUGAUAAGGAACAUAAUUUUUCUGUGAUUGAAUUAUUGACAUGUAAUAAAUAUUUUUUAAAAAGACGUGGUUUUUUUUUUUUGAAUAAUAUAAGUGAUAAUGAGGAUAUAAUAUUUUUAUGUAUCAAUUUAUUUAAAAAAGAAUUAUAUAAAGAUUCAAUAAGUUCUUCAGAAUAUAAUUCAAAAGGUACAGUUUUAAGUUCUUUAUCGAAUAUAGGUGUAAAGCUGAUAAAAGAAAAUAUUAAUAUUUUUAAUAAUAAUACAAACAAUACAAACAAUACAAACAAUACAAACAGUAUGAAUAGUAUUAAUAGUAUGAAUAGUUUUCAUGGUAAUAAUUCCUUUGAUGCAUCAAAGGAUGGAAAUAAAAAAAAUAAUUUGACUUCCAUACUUCAAGGAAUAAAUAACAACAAUGAUGAAAAAAUUUUUAAUACAUUUUUAAUUUUAAAUAGUAUAAGUAAUAUAUGUACUGAUAUUAUGAGUUGUAAUUUACACAAUGAUAUAUUUUUUCUUUUAAAUAAUUCAAAUGUAUAUAUAAGAAAGAAAACUAUUUUAUGUUUUUAUAAAUUAGUAGUAUCAAAUUUAAGUAUUUUAAAUACAUUUUUUGAUAUAAUGAAAAAAAAUUUUAUCGCACUUUAUAAUAAUGAAAAUCCAUCUUAUGAAAAAUUACCAUAUGAUCAAGUGGACUAUACAUUUAGAAAUAAUACUUGUUUAUGUUGUUUAAUAAUUAAUGUUUUAGCAGAGAUAUUUUCUUAUCUUGAGAGAAGGGAAAGGAAAUAUGACAUUCAGCAAGUUAAAGGGGAUGAAUAUAAGGAGAGGGCAUUUAAUUUAUUAACCAAUAAUAAUAAUAAUAAUAAUAAUAGUGAUAAUAAUAGUCACAAUUGUGAUGAUGAUUAUAAUAAUUCUACUGAUGAACAUGCUAUUUCUAAUUAUUUAAAGAAAUUUUUAUCUUUUGUUCCAUUUAUUUAUAAUAUAUUAAAUGAAAGACUAAGUAUUAUAGAUAACUGGAAAAUAAUAAAAUUUAUUAAAUUUAUUAAUAAAUUAGUGAAAUAUGAAUACAGAAUAUAUAAAAAAUUCCUACCUAUAAUUAUUCAUAUUUUCUUUACAAAUAAAGCUAAAAGUGUUAUAUUUGAAUGUUAUGAUUUUAUACUUUUUAAUUAUAAAAAAAAUUAUAAUGUUCAUAUGCCUAAUGUAGAUAGUUAUAUUAAUAUGUCUUUAUCAUCUCAAAAUAUUGAUACUUCAAAUAAUAUGAACAUUAAUGAUAAUAAUCAUAUAUUUAAUAAUACAUAUAAUGAUAUAUUUAAUAAUACAUAUAAUAAUACAUAUAAUAAAAAUAUUCUUAUAAAUAACAAUCGUCAUAGUGGCAACCACAAUAGUGAUGAUCAUAAUAUAAUUCCAAACAGUAGUCAUAAUAAAAAGAUUAAUAACAAUUCUGAAGAAUUUUUAUUAUCACAAGAAAAUAUAAAUACACACAAUAUUGAAGAAAAUAAUAACAAAAAAAAAAAUAAUGUUGAUACUCCCUUUGAUAAAUUUUUAUUUUAUUGUUUUAAACAAUUAUUAUCUUCUUUUUUUACAGAUGAUAAAAAUAUUCUUUAUAUGACAACCAAUUUAUAUAAAUAUCUUUUUAUUAUUCCAGAUAUAUAUGAAUAUUUUACACGUUAUAAUUUAUUGAAUGAAUUUUCAAGGAAUAUAUUAAAAAAUUUUUAUCAUAAAGAUAUAACAAUCAGAAAAAAGUUAUUGUAUAUAUUAUAUUAUUUAAUAAAUGAACAAAAUUUCCAGCAAAUUGUAUAUAGCAUAUUAAUAUAUUUAUAUAAUCACAACAGUAAUUAUAUUGAUGGUAAUCAUAAUAAUCACAACAAUAAUUAUAUUGAUGGUAAUCAUAAUAAUCACAACAGUAAUUAUAUUGAUGGUAAUCAUAAUAAUCAGAACAAUAAUUAUAUUGAUGGUAAUUAUAACGUUAAAGUCAAACCAUUUGAUUAUGCAGAUGAAUAUAUUCAUGUAAUACUUAAUUAUUGUAUUAAUAAUUUAAAUCAUUUGCCAAACGUUAAUGUUUAUAUCUUUAUAUUAUUUUAUUUAUUAUGUUUAAAAAAUCAUACAAAAGAAAAUGAAAUACUUGAACAAAUAAACAAAAUAAAUAAACAAUUAAACAUAACACACAUGACAACCAAUUUUUUAAGUUGUAUUUUUAUUAUAACAUAUGCAUUAGGAUUUAUAAAGGAUACUAUGCAAAGAAAUGAUAUAUAUGUAAAAAAUAAUCAAUUAGAAAUGAAUAAAUUAUUGUUCAAACAUAAUAUAAGAAAUGAUAUUAAUAUUAAUAUUAAUAUUAAUAAUGAUGAUCAUCAUCAUAAUAUAAUAAAACAGAAAAAUAUUGAUACAUAUAAUAUUUCUUAUAAUAAUAUACAAAUGGGAAAUCAAGUAACAGAUGUUAUAUGUCCUUCUAUCCAUAUUAAUAAAGAAAACGAAAAUUUUAAAAAUAAAUCCAAUUAUGAAAAUGAUGAUAAUUAUUAUUUUCUUGAAAUAAUCUCAAACUAUCAAGAUAAAUACGAAUAUAUACUUAUAAACGAUAUUUAUAAUUUAAAAAAAGAAAUAAAAAAUUUCAAUAUAUUAAAUAAAUAUGAUGUAUUUGAAUAUAUUAUUAUUAUUUUAAAAUUAUAUGAUAAAAUAUAUCCUGAUGUGGAUUACAUGCAAGGGGUAAUAGACAAAUCAAGCAGUGAUGAUCCUUUAUAUGUAAAAAGAAAGAUGAAUGAAAAUUAUCAAAAUGGGGAAGAAAAAUAUAAAAGUGUGGAAGAAAAAUAUAAAAAUGUUGAAGAAAAAUAUAAAAAUGUGGAAGAAAAAUAUAAAAAUGUGGAAGAAAAAUAUCAAAAUGUGGAAGAAAAAUAUAAAAAUGUUGAAGAAAAAUAUGAACAUGUAGAAUCAAAGUGUAAAGAUAAUAAUAUUAAAACAUGUGAAUAUUUUUUAAAAUAUAACAGAUUAGAUCAUAUAAAAGUAGAAUCUUAUGAAUAUAUAAUAUAUUUUAUUACUAUUUAUUUAGAAGAGACAUAUGACAAAAUAAAAGAAUUUAAAGAUAUGAUUUUUUUAAAAAUAUUUUUUUUUACAUUAUAUUUAUUUUUUAUAUCAUUUAAUUCAGCAAAUAUAUUAUGGAAUGUAAUUAAAAUAUUUAUGUUCUUUUUUCAGUUUGAAGAAAAUUAUUCUCUUAUACUUUUUUAUUUUUAUAGAUGUUAUAUACAUGUCAAUUAUUUAAUAGAGAAAAAAAAUGAUGUAUAUAAUUUGGAUAUAUGUAUUUUAAUAAAAAAUAUAUUAUCUUUAUUAUUAAAUACUAAAAAAGAAAAUUCUAAAAACUUUAAUUUUUAUAAUUAUUUUGUUAAUACAAUAUUAUGUUCACAAAAAAAUCAAGAUAAGCAUUUUGAUUUAAAUGAACCUUUUAAAUAUGAUGAUUCUUUUUUUUUUAUUAAUACAGAAUUAAAUAAAGGACAAUCUGAAACGACAAAUAAAAAACAUAAAAAUAUAAAAAAUAAAGACAAACAAACAAAAGUAAAUAUACAAAAAAGUAUAACAAAUGAAUUGCAUAUGUUAAAAAAUAAACAUAAAGAAUAUAAAGAAAAAUGGAUAAAUACAAUACCUUUUUAUAUAAUAUAUCAAAAUGAUCAUUUUAAAUUAUAUUUCAAACAUUCAAAAGAUAAUAAUGAAUUAAUUUUAUAUAUACACUUAAAAAAUGAUACUUUUAUACUUCAUAAUUUCAAUAUAUAUACAUCAUUUAAUUUAAUAAAUUAUAAUAUAUUAGACAAACACAAUUCUGAUUAUUCCAAUAUUAAUGAUGAUAUGGAAAAUAAUUUUUAUAAAUAUAAUAUCACAAAUCAAAAUAUGGAUACUUAUUCUAAUCAUCAUAUGAAUAAUAAAAAUUAUAUACAAUUAAAAAAUAUAAAUAUGUCUACUUUUAUAUCUAUAAAAUAUUAUAAUCUUAUAUCAGAUAUAAAAUUGUGUUAUGAGUAUUUUUUUAAUACUGAAAAGUUGAAAAAUAAUGGAUUGCUCAUAAUACCGUAUGUAAAAAUGGAUCCUCUAAAUCUAUCGAUGGAUGACUUUAAAAAGGUCAAUAAUAUAAAUGCAGUGUUAAGAAAUAUAAACUACGAAAUAAAGACAGAGAAAAAUUGCAAUAUUUAUAAACUACUCUUCAGUUAUUUUUUAUUCUUAUCACAAUAUUUGAAUAUAUCUUUUUUUAACAUGAACAAUAUUUUUGUUAAUUUAAAAAAUGAAGUACACAUGAAUGAAUUAAGAAUUAUUUUUUGUAUUUGUAGAAGUGCUGACACAAGCGAAAACACAAAAAGGAAUAAUAUUAUACUACUAUUAAAUGUGCAACCUCAGAAAAAAGAAGAAAGUGAUAUGUCUUAUAUUUAUAGUAUUUAUAUAAAAAUGAAAAUUUUAAAUAAUUCACAGGAUGAUAGUAACAAGCUUCUUGAUUAUUUUGAAUUUUAUAUCAAUCAGUUAUUUUUACAAAAAAUAAAAAAUAUCCACUUUUUAUUCUGA